CCCCUCUUCAUCCCUGUGCCUGGACCGUUUGCUCUCUGCAGCCCCCAGCUCCAGCCUCACCCAUAUCUCCCCAUAUCAACUGAGCUAAAGAAACCAAACAACAAUGUCCAGCGAGCGUUUCGACUGCCAUUACUGCAAGGACUCCCUGCUGGGGAAGAAGUACAUAAUGAAAGAGGACACGCAGUACUGCACUAAGUGCUACGAGAACCUGUUCGCUAACAGCUGUGAGGGUUGCUCUGUGGCAAUUGGCUGCAACUGUAAGGACCUGUCCUAUAAGGAUCGCCACUGGCACGAGCAGUGUUUCAAGUGUGCAAAGUGCGACCGCUCUCUGGUGGAAAAGGCCUUUGCUGCCAAGGAGGAUGUGUUGCUCUGCACUGAAUGCUACGCCCACGACUACUCCUCCAAGUGCACCACCUGCAAGAAAACCGUCAUGCCAGGAUCCCGCAAAAUGGAAUACAAGGGGAACAGCUGGCAUGAGACCUGCUUCCUGUGCCACCGCUGCCAGCAGCCAAUAGGAACCAAGUCCUUCAUCCCAAAAGACACCGGCUACUUCUGUGUGCCCUGCUUCGAGAAGCAGUUUGCCUACCAGUGCUGCGCUUGUAAGAAGUCCAUCACAACAGGUGGAGUGACCUACCAGGACAAACCCUGGCACCGUGAGUGUUUCCUAUGCAUCAGCUGCAGAAAGCAGCUGUCGGGUCAGCGCUUCACCUCCAGGGAGAACUACCCCUACUGCCUUGAAUGCUUCAGCAACCUGUAUGCAAAGAAGUGUGUGGGCUGCACCAAGCCCAUCACCAGUCUGGCUGGGGCUAAGUACAUCUCUUUUGAAGAGCGCCAGUGGCACAGCGAGUGUUUCACCUGCAUCCAAUGCUCCGUGUCGCUGGUGGGACGCGGCUUCCUCACCCAGCGCGACAACAUCAUGUGCACCGACUGUGGCAGGGAGAAGUGACCUUUCCAUGAAGGGGUCACGGGGUUUGUCCCACUGACAACGAGAGCUCCUUGUUCUGAUACAGAUAUUGUGUAUCCAUGAAUAUUUCUUCUUCGCAUGCCCGGUACACAAAUUCUGAAUAUCAAAUGCUUGAUAUUUUCUUAUUUUGGUGUUAUAAAUUAGACCAUUAGUUCUCUCACAAUGCCCACACACACGAAAAGUGUGAUGUUUCCAUAAAGAUAAACAUGUAUCUUUAAAAUUAGGGCGCCAUUGUUCCAUUGUUGAUGUUUUCUUUGUUUCUUGAAAUGAAAAAAUCACAGAUUUUUACUCAUAAACCUUUCAAUUUUUGACAAAGAUAAAAUUAUGGUGCAAAAAUAUUAGAGAUUACUGGUCAAUUAAUGGAUCAAUCGAUUGACAUUUGUUUGUUCCAGUUUCUUAGGAGUUAGGAUUUGACACUUUUUUUCUCUUAUAUGACCGUAAACUGAAUAUGUUUGGAUUUUGGAGUGUUGGACGGAUAAAAAAAGAACAUUU